UUUCGAGCCAACCACCAUUCUUCUUUCUUUCGCGCUCUAAUCCAAUCCAACAGGCAAUUUCAGCUCUCAUCAGGUUGCCGAUGCCACGUCCAAAGGUACGCCCUGAAAAUCGCCAACGAUCUUGUCGAGCAUGCUUGGCUUGCAAGGCUUCGAAAAUAAGAUGUGACGCCAGAGACCCUUGCGGUUCAUGUCUGCGACGUGACCAGGGCAACACAUGCGUAUACUCGGGUGUUGACCGACGACGCAAAGGCCAAGGCAAGCCGCGGGAUGUGGUGUCCGUGGACAAAGUUGCCUCCUUGCUUGUUGGCCUUUCGAGCCCUCAUGCAUCUCCAAAUGCGCCUGCUAUUCCCAUGGAAACACCAAGUUCAAUAGACCGAGCUACUCCUGCCCUUAGCCCCCACGCAAAAGCAGUAGAACACGUCGCCAUGGAGCAAGAGCCAGAAUCAUACGCCUCAGACAGGGUUGGAAAAGUGUACAUGGGGGAGACAUCUUCGCUAUCAUUCCUUUAUUUUCUGAAACGUACUAUAAAAGGGUACAUUGGAUCAGUGCCUUUUACAGAGGAAAGGGGUCAUCAGGUCAAUGUGGAGACACAAGACAGUGCCGUGAAGGGCAUGGCUCAACCCCUCUCCUUCGAUGAUAGAUGUUCUCUCCUUGAUUCAUAUUUUGAAGCUACUAGCGGUAUCUUAGACCUUUUUACGGCAUACGAGGUUGACCAGCUCUUAUCUGAGGGCCCCAGUUCGGGUCAAAACGUUCUCUCUCGGUCUUCUCAAUCGUCUAGUGAUCUGAAGGCUACAUUUGACCUCGUGUUCGCCAUUGGGGCUCAACUACGAGGUAUUAGCAACGACUCGAAAAUUUCAACUUCUUAUUUUCUGCGCGCUCGCGCUGCAGCCUUUGAUGGCAUGUUGAUGUCUCAAACUCUAGACACAGUGCGGCUAUUUACACUCCUUGCGUUCUAUACACUUGGUGCAUGUAACCGAAAUGCUGCAUCUAUGUUUCUGGGAAUUGCAGCUAAAGCUGCGAUCAUUUUGAACCUUAAUGCCACCGAAAUUGAUCAGAAACUCCUAGCAGAGGAGGUUAACACUAGAAUCCGAUUUUGGAAUAGCGUUCAAAACCUUGAUAUUUUGAGCAGCUUCAUUUUUGGACGACCAAAAAGUUUACCCGCUAUUUGCCCCGAUCUAGCUGAACCUGUGCAGUUCGAUACUGAAGGUGGACGAAAUUCACCACCUCUGUUUACUGCAAUGGUCAAAGCAUGUAAUCUACUUGACUAUAUCGUGGAUACGUUAGGAAAGAGUUACAACAUUCUGCAUGUCCCUACUGCCGAGGAGUUGCUCAGACAACUCCGCCAGUGGAGUCGCGAAUUACCUCAACAUAUUCGUCGGUUUCCCGUGAAUUGUGAUCCGAAUGCCACCAUCCAACCUGCGGAUCGUCAAGCGCUCCUCGGAAGCUUACACGUCUCGUGUGUGUAUUACUUCUCCGUGAUGUUGAUUACGCGCCCGUUUCUCGUGGCAUACUUGAUGUCGAGACUUCGUGGCAAAGCACCAGAUGACCUUAUCACCGACCCGGACGAAGCCUCAGAUAUCAGCAUCAAGAACAGCAAGAUAUCCAGAUUAGCGCAGGUCUGUGUCAGUUCGGUCACAGAGAUGGUUGAUAUGUGUGUCAAAGCCAGGGAUUGCAGUUUUACUUUCCGCAAUCUCAGUAUUCUUGAGGCAUGGAUCUUCGGUGCGGGCUUGGUUCUGGGAUUCUCAAUAUUUGGUGGGGAACCCCGCAGGGACAUUGAGAAUGCCUUUCACAGCGUGCAAAUCAUUCUGGGAGAUAUUGCAUUAAGUAGCCAGCAGGCUCGGCUAUACCAUAACAUCCUCACGAGCUUUGCCGAUGCCAUCAAGAAAUACAGACAGCGAGUGGCUGAGGAGAGGAUUUACACAGUACAGCAUUACAUGGAUCGGAUACUGACUUUCGAAGCACCAUCAGAUGAGAACAACGCCAGCAGAGAACGUCUCAGCAGCGCUCCCAAGGGAUCGGAGGACAGAUGGUUGUUUUUGGCUACUACAUCCCAGCCACCAAACUUUUUUGAUUUAGCAGAUCUACCACCAUCUUCGAUUUCGAACGACAGCUUUGGUAUGGGAAAUCACGACUGGCUAGGAGUUGAGUGAGCUUUGAUUCUCAUCGCGUGUAAAACUACAACAAUAAAGUUUUUUGUAUACAUAAGCCAGAUAGCCGUCAACAUGCGGAACGAAUGAUAUCAUCGAUCCAACGGAACAUUCCUGAUAAGCGUCCCGUUUUUUACGCA